CGGGGCCUCGGAGCUGCCGGUGCGGGAUGGGGCCGGGCCGGGCCCGCCGAGGGGCAGGGGCGGCCGGUGCGCCCCUCCGAGCGCCCAGGCGCUUCGGCUCCAUCUCCGGGGCGAACAGACUCAAUGCUUCACGGGAAAUAUCCCCAGUAAACCUCCCGAACUGCCAGCUCAUUAAAGGGAUCGAAACUGGUUCAGAAGACAUCGACAUACUUCCCAAUGGACUGGCUUUCAUCAGCUCCGGCUUGAAAUAUCCAGGAAUCAAGAGCCUUGCACCAGACAAGCCAGGCGAAAUAUUUUUGAUGGAUGUGAAUGAAGACAAUCCCAGAGCAGUGGAACUGAGAAUCAGCCGAGGGUUUGAUCUGGCGUCGUUCAACCCUCAUGGAAUCAGCACCUAUGUAGACAAAUAUGACACCGUGUACCUCUUUGUUGUGAACCAUCCCCAUCAGAAGAGCACAGUAGAAUUGUUUAAAUUUGUAGAAGAUGACAAUUCUCUUGUACACCUGAAAACCAUUCGACACGACCUUCUGACAAGUGUGAAUGAUAUAGUAGCUGUGGGACCAGACAGCUUCUAUGCUACCAAUGACCACUACUUCUCCGACUUCAUCUUGAUGUUCCUGGAGAUGUUCUUGGGUUUAACUUGGUCAAAUGUUGUUUACUACAGUCCAGAAGAAGUUAAAGAAGUAGCAGCUGGGUUUUAUUCAGCCAAUGGAAUUAACAUUUCACCUGACAGAAAGUACAUCUACGUUGCAGAUGUGUUUGAUCAUAAUGUCCAUGUUAUGGAAAAACAUGCUAAUUGGAAUUUAACGCAUGUGAAGACGCUGCAGCUGGACACUCUGGUCGAUAACUUGUCUAUUGACCCUUACACUGGAGACAUCUGGAUAGGAUGUCAUCCCAAUGGGAUGAAGCUGUUCUACAAUGAUCCUGAAAAUCUGCCUGCCUCUGAGGUCCUGCGCAUCCAGAACAUCCUCUCAGAGGAGCCUGUGGUGACGCGCCCCUACGCCGACAACGGCUCCGUGCUGCAGGGCAGCUCAGUGGCAUCCAUCUACAAGGGAAAACUGCUCAUAGGCACGGUCUUCCACAGAGCUCUCUACUGUGAGCUAUAGCUCAUCGCGGGUAAGCUCUGCCACAGUGGAAAGGAUUUAAUUCCUUGGGAGCUCACUUAGUUUCUGCUAGAUUUGCUAACCAGACUGUUCCAAUAAACCUUAACUCGAGUAAUGGAAAUGUAUUUUAGCCUUCCUCUCCAAAAUGACAUUUUUACGCAAUAGCAAAGGAAAUGGAACUGAAGGUGAGGAAUCAGUUUAUCUGCGUAAUGGGGAGGACUCCAUGUCAAUAACAAGGAGUAACUUUGAAGUUCAGAUUACAAACGACUAAGCUGUCAGACAUUGAAUUAUCUGUUGCAACUGGAUUUCUGUGUUUAUUUUGUUUUGUUUUUUCCCCAGGGAAAACUGAUUUUGUAAAUGAAAAUUGCUGACUACCAGUGUGGUGUGAUUUCUUGUCACUGACCCCUGGCUUUCCCAGGGACUGUUCCAAGGGGCCUUCUUUCGAACCCUUCUGUCGGCUUUCUCUGGUGCUUCCAAAAUCACUGGAAAGAGAAUAAAUGUUAUUUCAGUCUCAUUUCUUCCCCCUUCCCCCUUUAAGCCAUUUCCUCACAUUACUUCCGUUUCCUAAACUUGUCUUAAUCCUGCUGAGAAAAGAGGUCAUCACUUCAGCACAAUUGCUUACUAAGUCUUCCAAAGGGAGUUUAAAAAUGCAUUUUUUUUUUUUUUCCUUAAAGUGUGGGAAACAACUCCUGGGCACCUUCAGUGAAAAGUGUGUUAGCAAUUACUGUUGUCAGUCACAGUGAAGGGAGAAUUUCUGGGUGCUCUGCCACAGUGACUACCCCCGAGUGUUGGUCACACAUGCCCUGUGUUUAACCUCCAGUCUGCUCCUGCACAGCAGGGACCCGCUUCCCGUGUGCCCAGCAGCAGUUUCUGAUAAUGUUGUACACUGCUAAAAGACCUGUCCGGAUUUCCAUUAGCUGGUGUUUUUAGAAUGGUGUUAGUUAGCAACUACUUGCAAUAAACUGAAUCGAGUGUUCUUUGAAGCUGGAAAUCAGUUUUGCGCUUUCCAGGGUGCACAGCAAGACGCCAGUCUGGAAAAAGCUCCUGUUUGAGCCACCACUUGGUUUCCUGGCUGUGUAGUGAGCUCUUCUUUCAUUUGUAUAGAUGUCUUUACCCACAGAGCAGAUCCUGCUGCUCUUUUUGUCCUCUGAGCUCCCACUUCUCAUCACUGCUCUGGUUUUGUGAGAGAUGCUGACUCCACUAAAGGCUCUGUGUUAUCGGUGGCAGCUCCCCUGUGGGGUUGCUGCUGUGCUGCCUGUACUGCUGCUGCUCAGCAGCUUGGCUGCCCCUCCAAAUGGUGUCACCAGACAGACCUGCCCAGGGACCACCAGCCCCUCUGCAUCCCUCAGCUGAUGCAGUAGCAUUUCCUCUCUGCUGUUCUCCCACCACUGUGUGAAGAAAAAAGGCAGGCUGCUCGUGAACCGUGAGCUCGGGGAGGAGAAAGAGCCAGUCGCUGGGUGCUAGUUGCUACUCUGGCUUUGCUGUUCCCUCCUGCAAUCUGCUUCACCACCAGCCAUGGCCCCUCUAAUCUGGAGAGUAUAUGGAAAGUCCUGUACUUUAAAAACACAGGAGUGCUUCUGUGUAUAAGACAGAGCAAAUAAUCUACUCUGUAGUGGCCUGAACACUGAGACAGGAGCCAGAGCAUGUGCAAACCUUUGUCUUUGGGUUUUGUGGUUCUGGCUGAGAGGAGGCGUUACUGCGGGCCAAGGUUUGGGUAAGCAGUGGCCCUGAACAGCAAGUGUCUGUGCUGACACCUCUUGGCUCCUGCACCUUUCCUUUCUAACACAAACAAGCCUAAUGGCUUUCAUCCACUGGUAUAAAGGACUUGCUGCUCCUUCUCCAAGGGAAAGGGACAGCUCUAACCAGAGCAAGGAGUCGGUGCCAGGGCUUGUGGCUGGGGCUGUAUGGGAGGGACAGUACCAUCCCCCUUCCUUUGCAGAGCUCCAGGGGGCUGUGGGUCUUGCCACAUCAUCUCCCAUCCCCAGGGAGUGUCUGCUCCCCCCGAGUCCCCGUGCCGCCACCAGCUCACUGGCACAGACACUGUAGUGUAAGGCACGUCCCUGGGUGCAAGAAGUUGUGUGAGGUUUUAUGAACUGAGCCAGGGGUAUGCUGGCUCAGUCGCUGCACCAUUCCUGAUGCCGGCAGUUUCCCAUCGCUGCCAGGACAGACAACUCUUUCACCCCGCGCAGCAAUAGCAGUUGGUGGUAUUUGUGAUGUUUUGUAUACAAAUAGCACAUGCUGCAGGGCUCUCGUAACGGAGAGAGGGGGAGACUUGAGUUUAGGGUUAACCAUGCAGCUAAUUGACCUUCUCUUGGGCACAGCCUUGCCUUAGUAGGUCUAUGAACAAACUACGUUCAUAGCUCCUUUCCAAAAUGCCCAGAGUUGAUCUGGGGGCUUGAGUCCUGCCCAGGGUUUACCGUCUGCCUAUGAAAGCUUUGGUGACAGGGACUCACCUGUUUGGAUCAUGGUUUCAAGUCGUUUGCUAACCAUGGUGUGCAGAGAGCCCUUCCACAGCGCAGGGUUGGCCCUGAAGGAGGGCAGCUUUUGUCUCAUUUCUUUGCUGGACUUGCCUUUGGCAUCAGCUGACUGAACCAAGCACUCAAGAAUGUAAUUUACUGUAACUCUGGCUUUGCCACUCCUUCCUUAGCAACUUCUGUCCCCGCAGGACAUUUGCAGCUUCUCUGGGAAGUGGCGUGCUUUCCUACAGGGACUUGUAACCCAUUUUCAGCCUUGAACAGACGUUGUUCCCAGAACCCAAUCAAAAAAAAAAAAAACUGCCCUGAAGGAAAUUCUCACAAUAAGGAGAGGUUGGGCUAUUAACUUGUUUGUGAUUAGCCACAUUCUCCACUAGCAUUUAAAAAUAAUUAUUUUAGGCUUGUGCCACUAUUUAUUCUCAAGUAAAUUAAGUGCCAUCUUCUAGAGUUAGCAUUUUGCAGCAGUGGCAGUAACACAGCUGAAAUACUGACCAGUCGCUGGUCCUGGAUUUGCUCUCUGGUUGUAGAAGUGUAACAGCCAGCAUUUCCCUCAGCAUUUGCAGAAGUAACCCAUCAAAACAUUAACUUCAUGCUUUCCAGUAGCUUAGAACAUCUUCAGUUGAGCAAAUCUACGUGUUGGAUCUUGUCAAACUUCUAGUUUUUUGUUGGUUUUGGCCUUUCAGAUAAUAAAGAAUGUGUUCACUUGUCA